UCUUACAACGACUAUCACGUCGCAAUUAACGCCUACUGUACCGUCAUGUACUACUGGUAGGUGUGAAACUAUUAUAUCUGCUGAUAAGUCAACAUCAGAAACAAAGAUCCCGCCUCGUCAGCACUGCGGUCUUUCUGAUGUCGCUAAGCAGAACACCUUUUCUUCUCAUUGCAAUAAUUUUCUGCCACGACUCCGUCUUCCUCCCGCCUCUGAUGUUAAAAUGUGGUCUGACGUGAAUGACUGGGUACAGUCUGCUGUUGUCCCAAAUGUUUUGGAAGCAGUUGGUGUUGAAUCUAAAUAUCAAGUCAUACGCGAACGUCUGUAUUAUGGUCUGAAAUCACGCUUUGGAUGCCACCGUUCUUCUACUCGUAAGCGCAAACGGAAACCUGCCAACAAUCAAGCUCAACUGGAUGCUCUGAGGUCUACUAAGAAUGAAGUUAGACGCAAAUUUCGUCAAGCCAAACGACAAGGGGCGUCUCUAGCAGAAUUGACAUCAUUUGCUCGUCAAUUUCACCAACUAAUUAGACGUCAUAGUAAACUGAAAGCUGUCAUGAAUAAACGGGAUCUCAAGUCUUCUGCUAGAAAUGCUAAUAAACGCUGUUCAACCAACUUUUGGAAGUUCUCUAAGGAUUUGUUCUCUGAUGACUCUGACACCUCUAACGUACUGCCACAGUUUUCUGCUGAUGAAGCCUAUACUUUCUUCCAGUCUACUUACUCCAAACAGUCUCUUCCUCCCCCUCCUGUGCUUCCUUCUGGUGUGUCUUCUCCUCGACCUCCUUCUCGUGACUUUGAUAUUCGUCCAUUUUCAACUUCUGAGAUUCUUAAGAAAAUCAAAUCUACUCAAAAUUCUGCAGCUCCGAGUCCUCUGGAUGGGUUAUCCUAUCUUGUAUUCAAGAUGUGUCCUUCUCUACUGCCUGCACUGCUGGAUCUAUUUAAUUGUUGCUGGCUUUCUGCCUCCAUCCCACAACUUUGGAAAACUGGUGUCAUACGUCUCUUUGCCAAGCCUGCUGCAUCCAAAGAUCCCCACGAUCCUUCUUUAUUUAGACCUAUUGCCUUAACACCGUGUAUUGGUAAGAUAUACACCUCUAUGCUCAAGGAUCGAUGGUGCCAAUUUAUGUUGGAAAAUAAAUUCUUCGAUACAUCAAUUCAGAAGGCUUUUCUCCCUGGUAUAUGUGGUACAGAGGAACAUCAGUACAAGCUACGGUCAGCUAUUGCUGAUGCUAAAAGAAGUCGACACACUUUAUCAAUUUACUCUAUCAUGCUCCAGACCAACUACUGUCCGUCAUCACCAACAUAUAUUCAAACCUUCAGCUACAAGUUUCCACUGUGA